UGGAUUUUCGUCCGUAAUGAACUUAAUCAUUUUCUUCAUCUACAUGCCUUUUCCUCAUUUAGUUUACUCGGAGUUGCACACAUUCAUCACUACUUACACUGGAAUCAGUGGAAAGGCGAUUGCAGGAACUCCAGAGUUUUCUGCUGUAACUACACUGGAUGGACAGCAGAUGGAUUAUUAUGACAGUGAGAUAAAGAAGCUGAUUCCCAAACAGGUCUGGAUGAAGGAGUUUGCAUCUGAUGGAAUGUGGAAAAAAGACUCUGCGAUCAGAGAACAUGUGGCGCAGAUCUACAAGACCAAUAUUGCUGUUCUAAUGCAGCGAUUCAAUCAGACACGUGGUGUUCAUACGUAUCAGAGGAUGUAUGGAUGUGGUUGGGAUGAUGAGACGGACAUCAAAUAUGGGUUUGAUCAGUAUGGUUAUGAUGGAGAGGAUUUUCUCACACUAGACAUGAAGAACAGCAGCUACACUGCAUCUGUACCGCAGGCACAAACCACAGUGCAAAAAUGGAAUAACAGAGAACAACUUGCAUUAUUACUACUGUACUUCAAACAUGAGUGCAUUUACUGGAUGAAGGAGUUUUUAAACUUGUCUAAAGCUGCUUUUGAGAAAACAGAGCCUCCUGAGGUGUCUCUGUUGCAGAGGAACCCAGACUAUUAUGUGGAGUGUCACGUCACAGGGUUUCACUCCAGAAACACAACCAUUACGUGGAGGGAGAAUGGACAAGCUAUAAAUGAUUCUAGAAAAUUGGUGAAGCCAGGAAAGAUACUACCAAAUGGAGACGGGACCUUCCAGAAGAAUGUUACCCUCUAUGUCCUUCCAGAUGAAUGGAGGAUGGAUCAGUAUGCUUGUGUGGUGGAGCACAAGAGUUUUACAGAGACAAUCCAGAAGAUUCUGACUGAGGAUGAGAUCAGAAUUAUUAAAAAAUGUACAGCAGGCUCACCAUCAUCACCACCACCACCACCACAUUCUUUAUAUAUCAUAUAUAUCAUACUUUUCCUAGUCAUUUGCCUAGUUAGUUUUGCACUGAUUGUACGUUGGAAAUGCUGGAGUAGAUUCAAAGCUCCCUACAAGAAGGUUCCCAAAAAACCUUCAAGACUUCAAUGAUUGUGUACAGAACAGCAAUGGGCUCCACAACCUCUGACAAGUGUGCAUCCCCUCCAAAAGCCUGUGGUCUGUGAGUGAGUAGUGCCUCAUGGUACCAUCGCAGAAAGACACAAAAUCACUUUCCAGAACAUUCACCUGCACAGUUCCUCACUGGUGGAGUGAUAUAAUCCCAUAUAAAUCCCAUAUAAUGUUUAACAAACAUCCAAACCAGGGUGUCCAAUCCUGCUAUUGGAAGGCAGCUCUAGUCCUAAUUAAACACACCUGUAUCAGCUAAUCAAUGUCUAAAGGAUCACAAAACGUUCAGGAAGGUGUGUUGGAGUUAAACUACCCAGAUCGCACA